UGUGGGUGGGGGGGGGUGAGUUUGUUAUCACGCAUGCGCAGUAUCAUACCGGCGACGGCAGUACAAAGUAACGGUGGCCUAGCGAAUAACAACAAGGGGAUUACAGAACCCAAUUUGACAGGCUGCACAAUGAGUCAGGGUAAGGAAAAUGCACGACUCAAGAGCUACAAGAACAAGUCCCUCAACACAGAUGAAAUGAGAAGAAGGAGGGAAGAGGAAGGCCUACAGCUUCGCAAGCAGAAGAAGGAUGAACAGCUUUUCAAGAGGAGGAAUGUUGCCACAGUGGAGGAUGAUGGCCUCCCGGAGGACGAUGGCAUGGCGGAUAGUGGCUAUCUAGAGUCCCAGGCUAACAACAUGGACCCACUCACGGGUGGGGUGAUCUCUGAAGACAUGACUCAAAUGAUCUUCUCCAGUACUCCUGAGCAGCAGCUUAUAGGCACUCAACGCUUUAGGAAGCUCCUUUCUAAAGAGCCCAACCCACCUAUUGAUGAAGUCAUUGCCACUCCAGGGGUGGUGGAGCGCUUUGUUGAGUUCCUAAAGAGGAGAGAAAACUGCACAUUGCAGUUUGAGGCUGCAUGGGUGUUGACCAACAUUGCGUCAGGUACUUCCCAUCAGACUCGAGUGGUAAUCCAAGCAGGUGCUGUGCCCAUUUUCAUAGAGAUGCUCAGCUCGGAUUUUGAAGACGUACAGGAACAGGCAGUGUGGGCCUUGGGAAACAUAGCAGGAGAUAGCACAGAAUGCAGAGACUUUGUCAUAGACUGCAACAUUCUGCCUUCCCUGGUGCAGUUAUUAGCCAAACAGAAUCGUCUAACUAUGAUGAGGAAUGCAGUGUGGGCGCUCUCAAACCUGUGCAGAGGAAAGAACCCACCUCCAGACUUCACUAAGGUGUCUCCGUGUCUCAGUGUGCUGUCUUGGCUGCUGUUUGUCAAUGACACAGAUAUCCUGGCUGAUGCAUGCUGGGCACUUUCCUACCUAUCUGAUGGCCCCAAUGACAAAAUCCAAGCCGUUAUUGACUCAGGAGUCUGUCGCAGACUGGUGGAGUUGCUUAUGCACUCUGAUUAUAAGGUGGUGUCCCCUGCACUGCGAGCUGUUGGAAACAUAGUCACUGGAGAUGAUCUGCAGACACAGGUGAUUUUAAACUGCGCAGCGCUGCAGUCCCUACUUCACCUCCUGAGUAGCCCCAAGGAGUCCAUCAAGAAGGAAGCCUGCUGGACAAUCUCCAACAUCACCGCAGGGAACCGAGCACAAAUACAGAUGGUGAUAGAUGCAGGCCUGCUACCUCCUCUCAUCACUAUCCUGCAGGUAGCAGAGUUUCGCACAAGGAAGGAGGCUGCCUGGGCCAUAACUAAUGCCACCUCAGGGGGCUCUGCAGAGCAAAUUAGGCACCUUGUGGAUCUUGGCUGUAUAAAACCUCUGUGUGACCUGCUCACACUUAUGGACUCCAAAAUAGUUCAGGUGGCGCUAAAUGGCCUAGAAAACAUCUUGCGACUGGGAGAACUGGAGGCCAAGAGGGGAGGAGGCAUCAACCCCUACUGUGCACUCAUUGAAGAGGCCUAUGGUCUGGACAAGUUGGAGUUCUUGCAGGGCCACGAGAACCAGGAAAUCUACCAGAAAGCCUUCGACCUGAUCGAGCGCUACUUCAACACUGAAGAUGAGGACCCGUCUCUGGCUCCAGCCGUUGAUCUGCAGCAGCAGCAGUUCCUCUUCCAGCAGUGUGAGGCCCCGAUGGAAGGCUUCCAGCUAUAAUGCUUAAUCCUUUGCUAAGCAUUAUAGCUUCACCUUCAUCCUCACCUCUGCUCAUUUCUCCCUACUCUCUGCCCACUGCCACGAUCAAGGGUUAUGAGUAAACUCUCAGCUGCCCUCCUCUUUCCCUUCUCAUCAUCAGAGAGUUUGAUUUAAUCAUUAUCAUGAUUAUAAAAAAAUGUAACAUUACAGGAGCACGUGUGUGCGUACGUCCAACGUGGGUGAAGUUCUGCAGUCUUGUCAGCCAGUUUGUAAAGGUUUCACUCAUCAGUCUUGCGCUGAGCUCACCUCUGCGCCUGAACCCCACCUACCUGCUCAGGCCCUGGCGUCUCCUACUAGCAGAUUGUCCCAGUAACACCACCUCUGUUGUACUUUGUGGAUUUCCUCAGCUCAUCCCAAAACAGCACUUCUUGCCACAGGAUUGACAAUCCCUAUAUUCAAUAACUGGGAGUUUGUAGGACUGCACUGCUUGUCUGAUUGAAGCAUUAAUGACUCACAAGACAGACAAACAUGGACGUGAUUUAUACCCCCCUUCCACACACACACACACACACACACAUACAUAUAUACACACACACACAAAGAAGAAUGAUCUAACUGAAACACUGGACUGACCAUGAGACGUUGACCACGUUUGACUGUGGUCUUCAGACUGAACUGCCCACACUGGGGCCACGUCGCCAGUCCCAACGCAAGGACUCUACUGACCUCUAAAGAAGGCGCUUUUACGACUCAAAAAUGGAGGUUGAAUUCCAUCACCUCCUCUCUGGUCAUUGGAUAAGUGACCACAGAUGGACAAAUUAGGAACUUGACUGUGUCGCUGAGGGGUGGAACUUGUCAGUGACAUAGCAAGCUGCUUUGCGUUUCCUCCUGGAUCUCAUAUCAUGCAUUCCUUUCUAUUCACUUAUGGGACUUUCCACCUGCACAGGUUUCAUCCUGAAGAGUUUAGACUGCCUCUGGUGUGAUGUGAAUAACCCCAUGGAACCAUGGGAAUUUAAGUCUUCCCUCGCACUGAGAGCAUUACACAGACUUGGACAAGACAAAACAGACUAUUUAACUCUGGAUUCUGUCCAGUAGACCAGCGGGAAUUUGUAUUAUCUUACCAUAAUUGCAUUUCAUUUACAGCACUUUAGUUCAGGACUGAUACCUGCUCUUCGAGAAUAUACCAUAGUUUUUACGUAAACUAUUUAAUUGGUUCAUUGCACGCUUCCUCAGGAAGCGGGAUUUAAAGACGUGUGGACUGAAUCCUCGGUCCACUUCUGGUAUGACAAGGAUUACAAUGUACUUUACUGUUUGCCCUUUCC